ACGGGAAGGAAAAAAGGUCACUUUUUGUGGGCGCCAUGUUGGAGACCUUGUAGGAGGAGUUGUUGUUUUUCCACCGAAAUAAAAGACACCUUUCCACCAACAUGGGGGCCCUUAUAUCCCACAAUUAUAAGGCCUACUUUGGAGAGGUGGACUACACUCCGGAUCCUGAGAGCAUGCCGUCUUUCGACCCCAAUUAUGGCUUCCAAGAGCCGAGAGAAGAACGAGUGAUGGUAGCUACACAGAAGGAAAUGGCGGAUGCGAGGGUGCCAAUGCAACUACGGGACUACUGCGCCCACAAGUACAUGGCGUGGAUGAUGUGUCGGCGUGACCACAUGCCCAACCUUUGGGCCUGCAAACAUGAGAGGCACGAGUGGGACCAGUGUGAAUAUGACGAUUGGGUCCAUCGCAUGAAGGAAUGGGAGAGGGAACGUCGGCUACUGAAGCGGAAGCAACUGAAGAAAAGCCUGGAAGGAGAGGAGGAAUAAUGAAGACAACUGCUAGAUUCAGAUUUUCUCUCUCUCUCCCACCCUUUCCAUAAUGAUAUAUCAUUCAAUACAGAAGAUCUAAAAGUUUAUGCAUUUACUAAUGUGUGAAACACCAUUUUCCAUACACAACAUGCAUCUAGAUACUCUUAUCCAAUUUCUAGUAAAAAUCAUUUGACAGCAGAUGAUAGGUGUAGACCGAUUUCUUACAUAUACUCAUUCCCGCUCUGAGAGAAAACCUCUCUUCAAAAAACAACAACAACAAGUAUUUUAUGUUUACCGAGUAUGACACAUUGAACUAUUGUUCUAAAGUAGUUGUGUGCCUCAGUUGUCGAUAUACAGGUGAUUGACAUUGGCUUUGAUUGCUCAUUUACCUACCUGUUCAUGUACAAAGUAUGGUGUGUGGAGUAAACACAAUAAAACACUAUAGAAAUGGG